AUGCACCUGUUUGUAGUUUCCGCUCUAGCACAAACCCCGUGGCACCAUCAGUGCAACAAAUCCGAAGGCGAGUCAAUGCGCGUAAUCAACGCAGCCUACAACCCGCACUCCAUAACCUUCACCCUCUCAAACUUCACGAACCAAAUCGACCCCCGCUCCGCAAACCUCGCCGAGUACGAAAUCAACUACACACGUGCCGGCGACUGGACGACCCUCUCCAUCCUCUUCAUCCCGAACCUCGAACAGAUCACGGGCGCCGCAGGCGCAUGCACCUAUCCCUUCCCACCGGAGAAUCUGCCGCAAGUACUAUUGCGCCCCGAAAGCGACAUUGUCAACGACCGCUGCCUCAUCGACAUGGCCCUCCUCCCGGGCGGCCACCGCUGGAACCAGACCGAGGGCGGAUACCACCCGAACCCGGAUCCGAAGAUCAAAGUGGAGCUGUAUGGGCAAGUGCCGAAGAAAGCGGAGGGCAAGAUCGCGGUGCAUGAGAUUGGGCAUUGGAUGGGCCUGCUGCAUCCUUGGGGGGUGGACAAUCUCGGUGGUAGUCAAGAGAGUUUAAGUCAGAGCGUCUUCCCCUGCGACGGGCCGGGGGAUUAUGUGGAUGAUACGCCCGCCCAGAGCAGGAAGUGGGCGGAUUGUCCGGAUCCGUGGACGAAUAGUUGUCCGAAGCAGCAUAAGGGCCCGGAUGAUUUGAGGAAUUUUAUGGGGUAUGCGGAUGAUAAGUGGUGA